UUUUCUCCGAGAGUAUUUUUUUGAGAGAGAAAGUUUGUAGAGAGAGAUAGGGGUCAAAUCGAGCGGCGAAAGGUUGGGUGUCUUCUUUAGUAUUUUUGUGGUGCUUGCUGGUGUUGGUUUUAACUAAGAGCCUUUCAAAAAAAAAAAAAAACUCAGAAAGAAGAGAGAGAAAGGGAAGAAAGAGAAAGAACAAAGAAGGGGAAAAAUAACUGAUAACUGAGAUAACAAUACCAUAGAUAUAGAGAGAUAGUUCCGAGCUCCAAUUCCCAGAAAAUAAAAAUUAAAACUUUGCUUCGCUUUUUCUCUUCAUUGUUUUUCUUCCUCUUCUACCCCUUUGAUCUCAUGCAAUCUCCCCUCAUGGAUCCCUUUGAUUUGAUUCGCAAAGGGGUUUAAUUGCUUGAGAUCUCGUAAAGGUUUUGGCUUUCGUAAUGGAAGGGUUUGGCUGAAGCUAUCUGGAAUAUUUGUGUUACAUUUUUGGAGGUCCAUCUAUGUUUUAGUCAUUUUGUCCAUAUUCUUGUCAAUAAUGAGCUUAUCCAAGAAAGGUUCCCAAACAGACACAAAACUGAGCUCCUUAAACAAAGCAACCUAUUUGAAUCCAAAUGCAGCAGAGUUUGUUCCAUUUGCCCUCAGAUCAUCGCCAUCUGGAAGCACCAGCUCGGUAGAUGCAGCAGCGAGGUUUACUACUGCUGGAUCUCUUGGGAAAGCAGUUUUAGAUCGAUCAGAAUCAUCCAUUUCAAAUAAUUCCGAUGAUGAGGCUCACCAGUACUGGCGUUGUCAGCUUCCUGAUGAUAUCACCCCUGACUUCAAGGUCAUGGGAGAGGACGAAUCCCAAGGUCUUAACAACCUCUCUUUAGCAGGCUUAUCUAUAAAUGAUGAUAAUGAAUCCUCAAUGUUUCCUUCUUCUAAGGGAAGUAGAUAUAUACUAAAUGAGCAGCUGGAACUGUCUCCACAGCACCUUAAUGGCAAUACUUUUGCUGAUAAAUUAAGGUUUUCCAAUUCAACCUACAGGGAGGAGCCAUCUUCAGGAAGCAUUUUGAACUCAUCAGCAAAGCCUUGGGAUAGGCAAAUUGGGAAUACCGAUUUGCACGUUACCAGUGGUCAAGAGGAACUUGUUUAUGAUGAAAACUCUGGACAUGGAUUCUUAAAUGAUGUUUUUGCAGGGAAUUCUCUUGUGAAUGAUACAGAUUUGAACCCUUUGGAGUUUUUAGCUUCUCUAUUCCCUGGUUUUGCUUCAGAAAGCCUUGCUGAAGUUUUCUUCGCCAAUGCAUGCGAUUUACAUCUGACCAUUGAGAUGCUCACUCAGUUAGAGAUUCAAGUUGAUGGUGGCUUCAAUCAGAAUCCGAGUCCAAAGACUCUGUCAUCUCCCAAUCUGAGUGCAAUGGACUUUCCAGCUCUUACAUCAUCAAAUGGGCAGAAUACUUCAAAAUAUGCUGCAGAUAAUGUUCAACAAAGUGGCAUUCCAUACAUAUCAUCUGAUAAAGACAUGCUCAUGUUCAAAUCUGGCUCUUCUAUUCCAUCUAGAGGUUCUGUUGACUUUGCUUCAGCAGUCAGAAAAUUGGCUUCUCAGGAUUCUGGUAUAUGGAAGUAUGAUAAAAAUGGUUCUGGUGAUGCUUCCACUGGCUCUAGUAGGGGUUUAAAUGCUCUGGCUAGUGCCUACAAUGGUGGACAGGGGAGAGUCAACAUUGGUGAUAGAUUACAGAGUCGUGGUUCUGCUCGGGCAGCUCCUGUUUGGCUUGAAACUGGUGACGCAGUUGCAAAUAUGUAUUCUGAGCUGCGGGAGGAGGCUCGUGAUCAUGCACGCUUGCGUAAUGCAUAUUUUGAGCAGGCACGACAAGCCUACCUUAUUGGCAACAAGGCCCUUGCAAAGGAGCUAAGUGUUAAGGGGCAACUGCACAACAUGCAUAUGAAAGCAGCUCAUGGAAAAGCUCAAGAAUCUAUUUACCGCCAGAGGAAUCCCGUUGCUCCAGAGAAUGGAAGAGGGCACCAGAGAAUGAUAGACCUACACGGUCUGCACGUAAGUGAAGCGAUUCACGUGCUGAAACACGAACUGAGUGUGCUAAGAAGCACGGCCAGAGCCGCUGAGCAGCGUUUGCAGGUUUACAUCUGUGUUGGCACUGGUCACCAUACUCGGGGCUCCCGCACUCCCGCAAGACUCCCGAUAGCUGUACAGCGUUAUCUACUUGAAGAAGAAGGCCUUGAUUUCACGGAACCGCAGCCAGGCCUGCUUCGUGUUGUGAUAUAUUGAGCCGAGGAGGUAUACAAGUUUCUGACAGUAAAAAAAAAAUCCAUCAUGAACACAGACAUUGUAGUCAUUCUUGUAUCUGUAUAUGGGAAGUAAUGGCAAUGGCCAAGCCAAAAAGAAAAUGGAAAAAAAAAAGAGGUUUGGGGGGUUGAAAAAAAACUGGAAAAGGUUAGAAGUAAAGAGAGGGGUUGUAGCAGAAUUGUACCAUUAAGGUUUCCGAGGCAUCUGAUCACAUUAGUCAGUCAGCAGGAAUUCCACUUUAGCAUUUACCUUCUGUUAAUUUUGUACCCUAAUUUUCAUUUCUUUGUCAAAUUCCCUUCUUUUUUUUUUGGAUUCAGAUGUAACUGAUAGAACUCAAUUACAUGAUAGAACAAUUCACUUUGCCAAUUAGAUUCAAUGCCAAUUUACAGCUCGGAACAAAUGUUCAAGCA